AGUAACGGUAGCUGUCGCUUCCGAUCCCUCAAUUGUUUCGGUUUGUUGACGUUUGCUGGAGUCUUGCAGCAGCUAGUAACGGGGGUCUGCCCGUUGUUUCAGCCGAGUGGUGUCAGAGUCAAUGAAGCUAGCUAGCUAAACGAGCUAACGUUAGCUUAAAUGGGUUUUAGAGUCAAAAGAUGAUCGCCUCACUUUCUAGAGGAAGUUUGCUGGACGAGGUUCUUCAUGGGGGCUUUAAUGAGCAGCAGCUGGCAGCCUAUGUUUCCUGGGUGAACUCUCAGCUGAAGAGGAAACCAGGCCUGAAGCCUAUCACCAACCUCAGACAUGAUCUGCAGGAUGGGGUGGUGCUCACACAGCUCAUAGAGAUAGUUGCUGGGGAAACGCUGGAAGGAGUGUAUGUUGCUCCACAAAACAAAGAGGAAAGCAGGAAAAAUGUGGAGCAAGUCUUGCAGUUCAUUUCCUCCAGACACAUACGCAUGCCACACAUAUCUGCAAGAGACAUUGUCGAUGGUAAUCUGAAAUCGGUAAUGAGGAUAAUUCUGGCACUGGCUGCCCAUUUCAAACCCUCAGCCAAUCACAGGGCGGCUUCUGGAAACAGGAGGAGUUUAACAAGAGGCUCUGCCAGCCACAACCCUCUCUCCACUGUUGCACUAGCCCAAGGUGCCGCUGCUGCACUAGCAUCAGCACGACUGGAUGCCUCGCAGCCGGAGCGCUCCAUACGUAUCCACAGUGGCUGGGGGUUGGAUGUGGAUAAGGCUGUGUGUGUUCGUGCACUGGUUGAGCAGUAUGAAAGAGGAGCCCCGGAUGAGCCCGACUGCUCUCACUCCAACAGCCUCAGCUCCGUCAGUCCGCUGUCAUCUCCCAGAGCUCCACUCAGCAGCCACUCAGACAGACAGCAGGAGGACGGCCAACAGCAGGAGGAGGGUGGUGUUGGUGAGUUCUGUCCCACCACAAACUCUCACGUUGGAGUGGAGACAGCGUUGGAGGAUUCUCUCAGUGAAACUUUGGAGAAGGAGGUGCAGGAGACACGUAAAAUGGUGUCUGCUUUACAGGCCCUGCUGCUUCAUGGUUCACUGCCUGAGGACGAGCAGGAUGUGUCUUUGAUUUUGGACCAAGGCAGUGCUGAACAGCAACUGGUGGUCAUUCGCAGUCGUUUGGACCAGAGCAUGGAGGAGGCUCAGGAGCUGAAGAGGGAACUGCUGCGCUGUAAGCAGGAGAUGAGAAACCUGCAGGGAGUCAAGGAUGCCCAGCAGCAGAGGCUGUGCACGCAGGAGGCAUCAAUACUACAGAUGAAGCAAGAACUUCUCAGAGCCAGCAUGACGAAGGAUGACCUCAACAACCAGAACGCUGAGCUACAGUGGAAGCUGGAGGAAUGCAACAGGCUGUGGGGUGAAUGCAAGAAGGAGAUAGGACAGAAGGACAGACUGCUGCAGCAACUCAAACACAAGCUCGAUGAAAGUCAGAAAAAGCAGAGUGAACUGCAAAGAGAGUUGGAACAUAAAAACAGCAUGCAGAUUCCCCCCGGCACAGAAAACAAUGGAUAUUCUUACUCUGGAAAUCCAGCCCCCUCUUUGUCAGAUCAGGCAGAGGAGGUUCAGCUACUCAGAGAUUCACUUCGGAGUUUGAGGAACAACUUCAGAGACCACGACCCGCAGCACCAUACACUGGACACCCUGGAGCAGGGCAUAGUAUCACUCAUCGACAGACUGCACGUUCUGCACACACACAGGGGAAGAGGGAAAUCUCCAAGACGCAAAGGCCAACACACAGACUCCGACACCUGGCCCUGCACAAAGGUGUCUCAGUCCCACAGUGGCUCCUCAUCUGCCUCAACUAAAAUCCUCUAUUUUACUGGAAAAUCCCCAACACCUUCCAUGAUCAAUAUACCGAAAAGGCUCGGUGAGGUGACUCUUAAGGACGUUAAGGCAGCUGUGGAUCGAGAGGGAAACUACAGGUACCACUUCAAGGCCCUGGACCCUGAGUUUGGCACUGUGAAAGAGGAGGUAUUUCUGGAUGGAGCAAUUAUUCCAGGCUGGGAAGGAAAAAUAGUAGCAUGGGUAGAAGAGGACCGUGGUGAAGAAAGGCCGUUGUAGGUUCAAGCUGUGGGGCCAUGACUUUCUGUUUUCUGCACGUGGUCACUCUGAUCCCAGAGGCACAUCGAGACAGCUGUUCAACAGAGGCACAUGUGGACACUUUUUGAGAUUCGACUUGUUAGCAAAAUACUGUAUGACCUGUCAGCAAGAGAUUUGUGUUGAUCAGCUGGUACUAAACAGCCCUGAUAGCCCUUAGUCACUCUGGAAACAGCGUAGAUCUGUAGCUGAUGUCUAGGAUGUCGUAAAGCUCAGUGCCUUACAAAGGAAAGCUCUUUCCAUCAUGUGCUUAUUAUCGCCAGGCUGUAACUGUAUUAUCACAACUGGACUCACAAGUAGACAAAUAUUAUUUUGUUUUUAACUGUUUCUCAAACUGCAGUUGUGUUGUUGUUUCUCCUCUGGUUGAAUGCAGAGGUUUGUACUGUAUUUGAAAAAAUUUACAAAGUCAUUUUAGCCCCGUUUCCACCAAACACUUUUGGUAUGGUAGGUUUGGAACUGAAAGUAACCCCUCAGACAUGGUACCUAGACCCUAGCGUUUCCACCACAAACAAUACUUCUAAAUGUGGGCAGGGUUGUUGUCACUCACUGCUC